AUGGCGAAGAAGACGCCCGCUCGUGAUCAGAUCGUCAAAUUGAUUGUUGGCGCUGGCCAAGCAAGUCCGAGUCCACCUGUUGGUCCCGCCCUCGGUAGCAAAGGCGUCAAGAGCAUGGACUUCUGCAAGGAAUUCAAUGCUCGCACCGCCCAUAUUACUCCUGGUGUACCAAUUCCAGCGCGAGUUACGGUCCGGCCAGACCGCUCCUUCAGCUUCGACGUACGCACUCCGAACACAUCUUGGCUACUCCUCCAAGCUGCUGGAGUGAAAGAAGUAAAAGGCAAAAUUAAGGGUGCACAACGACCAGGCCACGAAAGCGUCGGUACUGUUUCACUCAAACACAUAUACGAGAUUGCAAAAAUCAAGCAAAGUGAGACGCGACUGUCCGGAUUGAGUCUCGAAGCUUUAUGCAAAUGCAUCAUGUGGCAAUGCAAGUCUAUUGGCGUUAAAGUCGUGCCGUAA